AUGCCCAUACCAGAACUAAGCAAACCGGAACGAGUCCCCGUGAGGGAUAUAUGGCCCGAUGAAGCACGGGAUUUCACGCCUUGGUUAGCCGAGAAUCUGGAUUUGCUGAGCGCGACAGUGGGAAUAAAUCUGGAACUGGUGCAGGAAGAAACAGCCUUGCCCAGAAGCGGAAGGGUUGACAUCUUAGCCAAAGUUGCAGGAAGCGAUGCCUAUGUGGUUAUUGAGAACCAAAUGGAGGAUGCAGACAACGACCAUCUAGCCGCAUUACUGAACUACGCGGCACACAGCGACUCUGAGAUUCUUAUCUGGGUAGCCGGCGGGUUCUCGCUACGAUACCGGCGGACUAUUGAUUGGCUCAAUAGCAGCACAGGGCUGCGGAUUUACGGGGUGAAAAUGAGCGCUUGGCGCAAUGGCGAGACUAUCGAGCGCCGCUUGAACCCUAUUGUCGGGCCCAACCAGAGGGUGGAAUGGCCGAAGUAUGGAUAUCCGGCGAUCAAUCAGAAAUACAACACCUUUUUUAGGCCCUUGGUGGCCGACCUGUGGGCCAUUGGAAUAUCUGAUCGCAAAAUGUCUGGGGUCAGCAACGACCAGGUAUUUCCCAGCGGGUUUGCUGGCAUCGAGUACCAUGUCGGUUUUUGGCACAGCUUUGGUGGCAGACCAUCCCUUGACGUGUACUUGUGGAUCGCCACGCCUGACCAAGAACGUAACAAAGAGAUUUUCGAUGCGCUAGAUCGGCACCGGAAAGAAAUAGAAAAGGAAUUGCCGGGGGUUUCGUGGGAUCGCAGGGACCAUCAACGAAUGUGCUCAAUAUACUUCGUGACAAGAGGCUCUAUAGGAGACCGUGAUGAGAAGCUGGCAGAGCUGCAAAGGUGGGCGCUGGAUUUGGUGCCAAACUUCAAAGCUGCCUUUCAACCCCGGUUGGAAAAGGUGAUGCGGGAAAUGGCACCCGAAGGAGAUUGA